CGAGCACAGGCUCCGGUCUCUUUUGCUCCCUGUGACAGCAAAGCCUCACGCUGGAAACCACACGCUGGGGCUCACCGAGUGGCCUCUGAUCUCUCUCUCUCCUUUUUACCCCCUUGCCUCUCUUUUUGUCCUCUCGUUUUUCCAAGGAAGAGGCAUUUUGGCCGACAGCGUCUUGGACAGCUCUGGAACACCAUUUCUCCGAGGAGGCAAGCUUUUGGCUGUAAUAUUUCAUUGCGGUCAUGGCCCCUAAGAAGAAGAAUGUGAAGAAGAACAAAGCAGAUAUCAAUGAAAUGACUAUCAUUGUGGAAGAUGGCCCCCUCAGUAAACUCAAUGGCUUGAAUGGACUCUUAGAUGGAGGCAAUGGUUUCAGCUGCAUCUCAUCUGAAGUUUCUGACCCAUCGUAUAGCCCAAAUCUCUUGGAAGGUCUAAGCAGAAUGAGACAAGACAAUUUUCUUUGCGAUUUGACUAUCAGUACCAAAACCAAGUCCUUCAGCGUCCAUAAGGUGGUGAUGGCUUCAAGCAGCGACUACUUUCACAACAUCUUAAAGAAAGAUCCCUCCACUCAACGGGUAGACCUCAACGACAUAUCCCCAUUGGGUCUGGCUACCGUUAUCACCUAUGCUUACACUGGAAAACUUACUCUCUCGCUUUAUACAAUAGGUAGUAUUAUUUCCACAGCAAUUUAUCUGCAGAUUCACACCCUCGUAAAGAUGUGCUGUGAUUUUCUAAUCCAAGAAAUCAACGUUGAGAAUUGUAUGUACGUUGCCAAUAUUGCAGAAACGUAUGGACUGAAAACAACCAAGGAAGCAGCGCACAAAUUUAUUAGAGACAACUUCAUUGAAUUUUCAGAAACGGAUCAGUUCUUAAAACUCACUUUUGAUCAGAUUAAUGAACUCCUUGCAGAUGACGACUUGCAGUUGCCUUCUGAAAUUGUUGCAUUCCAGAUUGCAAUAAAAUGGCUGGAAUUUGACCAAAAAAGAGUAAAGUUUGCUGCCGAUCUCUUAGGUAACAUCCGUUUUGGUACCAUCUCAGCCCAAGACCUUGUCAAUUAUGUUCAAACCGUGCCGAGAAUGAUGCAAGAUGCUGACUGCCAUAAGCUCCUAGUGGAUGCCAUGAACUAUCAUUUGCUUCCCUACCACCAGAAUACACUGCAGUCCAGAAGAACGAGGAUCCGUGGAGGUUUCAGAGUCUUAGUUACUGUAGGGGGACGCCCUGCGCUAACAGAAAAGUCUCUUAGCAGAGACAUCUUGUACCGAGAUCCUGAAAAUGGAUGGAAGAAGCUGAGUGAAAUGCCUGCUAAAAGUUUUAAUCAGUGUGUGACGGUGAUGGAUGGAUUUCUCUAUGUGGCUGGUGGGGAAGACCAGAACGAUGCAAGGAACCAAGCCAAGCAUGCAGUCAGCAAUUUCUGCAGAUACGAUCCUCGUUUCAACACCUGGAUCCACCUGGCCAGCAUGAAUCAGCGGCGCACCCACUUCAGCCUCAACGUCUUCAACGGCCUCCUUUUCGCCGUGGGCGGCCGCAACUCCGAGGGGUGCCUCUCCUCGGUGGAGUGCUACGUGCCCGCCACUAACCAGUGGCAGAUGAAGGCCCCCCUGGAGGUGCCCAGGUGCUGCCACGCCAGCGCGGUGGUGGACGGUCGCAUCCUGGUGACGGGGGGUUACAUCAAUAACGCUUACUCCCGCUCGGUGUGCAUGUACGACCCCAGCAAGGAUAGCUGGCAGGAUAAGGCCAGCCUCAGCACCCCGAGGGGGUGGCACUGCGCCGUCUCCCUGCUGGAGAGGGUCUACGUCAUGGGGGGGUCCCAGCUUGGGGGGCGAGCCGAAAGGGUGGACGUUCUCCCCGUGGAGUGUUACAGCCCUUACACGGGGCAGUGGAGUUACGCGGCGCCUCUUCAAACCGGAGUUAGCACGGCUGGCGCCUCCACCCUGAACGGCAAGAUAUACCUGGUGGGUGGCUGGAAUGAAAUAGAGAAAAAAUACAAGAAGUGCAUUCAGUGCUAUAACCCCGAUCUCAACGAAUGGACAGAAGAAGACGAGCUGCCCGAGGCCACGGUGGGCGUCUCCUGUUGCACCAUAUCCAUGCCCAACACCAAGACGAGGGAGUCCAGGGCCAGCUCAGUCUCUUCUGUCCCAGUCAGUAUUUAAAUACGGGUCUAACCAGCAAUAAGGAAAAAUGUUUACCAGCACAGCAGUAUAAUUAACCCUUUAAGUAGUAUUUUUUGUGCUAAUAAGGAAAAAACCACUCAUUGGCUUUGCAACAAUUUUAACGGUGUAAAUUGGACAGUUUUCAUUAUCUUUAAUACAGGUGGCAUGAAACAGCAUAUUAGGGAUACGAUUAAUUUUCUUGGCAGGAAGAAAGAGUCAACCCAUAACUGCAGAAUUUCUUUCUUUUCCUGACUUUGCCACUGAGUUAUUGUACUAUCUGUGGCAAAUCAUUUAAUUUCUUUGUGCCUUGGUUUCCUUACCUGUAAAAUAGAGAUAAACUUGCUUCAGAAGGUUGUUGUGAGGCUUUUUUAAUACUGAGUUUUAAAUGCUUUCAGAACCCCAAUUGAAAGUCAAAUAUUGCUAGUAAUAAACCUCAGCAUACACCAGAAAUGUGCCAUGUCAUCAUAAAGUUGCUCAGUUUUGUCCUUCUCUAAGAUUUUCCUAUUUUGACAAACAGAAGAAAAAAAAAACCAAAAACCCCAAAAAUGAGCAUGUAGCACAUGCAUACUUUCCUUUUGGGGCAGUGAUAUUUGCAGAAGAUUUCUCAAAACAUUUUCUACUUCAGAAGUUAGAAAGAGACUCCCAUCUUCUGCCAUGAAACCCUUUAAUCUCCUAUCUGAUGUUGUGAUGUAGCUUCCAAGACCUGAGCCCACAAAGCAUCUCAGCUCCUGUAAGCAUUGUGGGCCAGCCCCAAGGGCUGCCUCAGGUGCCAGAUUGCUCUCCUACCUUCAUGCGUACCCCAAGGAGCAGACCACUGCCCCAUCCUCCUCCUCAUGGCAGGGAGAGUCUUCUGUCACUCCAGGUGGAAGGCACCAAGGCCAGUCAGUGCGUCUCCUCCUCUUCCUACACUUCCCAUCUGUGUAGGAACGUACCUCCAGGUUAUCUUCUCACACAAGGAGGUCCUCACCAAUGCAAAGAUCCAAAAGUUGGCGCAGCAGGGCUAAAACCUGGAAAGAGUUCAUGCCAGGAGACACCAAGGGCUAAGGGUGCCUAAGAGUAGAGAAGAUACACAGAGCGUCCCUCCUACUCAGUAGUAUUCUGACAAAUUCCCAGUGGAGAGAGGAACAAAGAUGGAACAAAGACUGCAGGAUCUGCCUUUAAGAGUAGGGUAUAUGUGUGGAAAACGGUGAAUAAUGGGAAAACUGGAUGAAAUCAAAGAGACUUUCCUUAAUAGUAACAAAGAGAUAUCUUUCUUACCAGGUGUAGGGACAGCAUCACCCAAACUAACCUUUUCCCAGGCAUACCACUAUGUGACUCCUUUUGAAGACUUUGUAACUGCCCUAUUGAUUUUUUGAGGAGCUUUUAUUCAUGUUUUUUCCAAAGGGUAGACUAAUGCUGGGCCUCUUGGAGUCUGUGAAGUUUUCCCAGGGCAUAGAGUGAAGUGUUCCCUCAACUCAGACAACCUCCCAAGAACUUUUCGUCCAGCUUUCAGCGUGCAGUGGGGGAAUUAAGCAUGAAACCAGAUCCUAUUUCCUUAGCCAAAGGGAUGCACAGCCUGUGAUGCCCCCUGAGAAUUUGAUACCAAAGGCCUGCUGUCAGCAGAAAACGUCUAGAACCUUCUGCUGGGGAAGGAAAGAAGCAAUACAAGGAACUAAAUUAUUUAAUAUAAGCAAAAGGGUAGACGUUCACUCGCCUUAACCAAUUCAUAGAGGCUUCACGUGCAGUUUCCUCCGAUAAUCAUUGACACCUCCAGGCCCUGGUGCUGGUGAGAAGGCACGCUCUUAGCAAUGGUGACAAGGCAGCCAGAUUUUACCCCAUUUCCAAAAAGGGGAACGCUAUAAAAUUGUCUCUAAGUGCAGAUAAUCUCUGCAGCUUUGUUGCAGCUCCAUGUUGAGCGUCAGCACGAGCGUGACACGGCGUUAGCCAUGAAGGCACUCACUCCAUCCCUUGGGGUUAAACUCUUGUGGUCCUUGGUUCCUCUUUUCCAGUUCUAACGUCAGAGUUCACGUCUGCAUCCCCACUGCACAAUUGCAAACCCCAGAUUCUGUGUGUUAUCAGAAUAUACUGUGUUGCAGUGGCUUUUGGUCAGAGUAGCACUGUUGUAUAGUUUUAAUUCAUUUGAUUUGCGUACAGUUAGUUAUUCUUUAUCCCAUUUAAUCUCAUCAAUGAUAAUUCAAGCCCACAGUCACAGAACAAAACAUGGAAUUGUGUAACAGAGUAAAAUUGAUUUGUUUUAAAGACGAAAAUGCUGUUCUUGCCCAUUCCAGUCACCAAAAGCUUUUUGUGGAUGAGAACACAAUUUCUCCUUUCCCAAAGUCGUGACCAUGUGUUCCAUAUAGAAGUGUUUAGGAAGCUCUUUGAAAAAAAUCCAUCUGCUCCAAUACAUUCUUGUAAAAUUUUAAUAUUAUUAGAUGACGUUGCUUAUCCAUCCAGUCCAGUGAAGACACACAGAUACAUACCCAGUUAUAACAAUCCACAGACUCCAGUUACUUAGUGUUUCUAAGUUGCCCAUUUAGAUGGUAUUUAGGAAUUGAAGAAAUAAUCAUUUUGGCCUCAGGUAGACAUUGGAUGAAAUUGUCAUGUGCAAGUGUCUCUUUUCCCUUUAGGAAUUCAGUUCCAAAAUGCUAUGAGUAGUCAGAUGUUGCUGCACACUUUCCACUUCGUGAGCCAACACUUCCCAAAUGUCAACAACCAUCUUCUUUUUUGGAGUAGAAAGUUCUUUGUGAAUGAUGGGCUAAGUGCAAUGAAACUACUCGCUUACUACUUAAAGGGUUAAAAACUUUUGGGGGCCAAAUCCUUUUCAUCUUACUCACAAAAAAAGUUCCAUUUGACCUCAGAGGGACUACUGAAUAAGAUGUACAGGAUUUUGAACUCUUGGCCAAAUUCUGGCAGCACAGGAGACACAGAUGCCUGCCAAAACUGUCCUGCCCAGAAGGAACACUGCUCCUCAGCCUCCUCUGCCCCGGGCCACGACAAACCCAGAAACAUGUGUCCUAGGACAGGAGCCAAGGACCAUGUGGUCCUUCCGUAGCACAAAUUAGAUACCUAUUUCAGGCCAAGAAUCUUAGGUAGAUGAACAGAUGGUAUUGUUAUCACUCCAGCACGUCAGUGCAGCUUUAUAUUAUUUUCUCUAAACAUCUGUUUAGGCUUCAACUGCGCAUUGAGCCAGGAUUUGGCCCUUAAUAUGUGACAAUAUCAGCUGGACUUAAUAUUAUUCUGAUCAUACCAAUGUACUGAGCUAUUUGUGACAUUUUUAUGUACAACCUCGUCUUGUUAGAACUGUGAAAAAAAUGGUUUGUAUGUUGUGUUUUAUGGGAUGGUGUUUUUAUUCAUCGUCCAGUACGGUAUUUUCAGUCUCCGGGUGUUUAAUAACAACAUCUCAGUUGAACUUGAAAUAUUGUAUAUCCCAAAAAGAAAUUUUAAAAUGCAGUUUAGGAAGCACUGUAUAGGGUAAUAUUAAGUAGAGCAGAGGGUUUUCGGAUGUAUGAGAUGCAGAAUGUUAAAACACUACAGGGAUCUUCUUUAAUGCUAUACUAAGAGUUACAAAAAAAGAAAAAAAAAUUUAAAAAAAUGCUGUUAUCUUCAAAAUUCCUUACGCCCAUGCGUUUUAUAGUUGACAACAUCUGUACUUCCAAGGAAUUCAAAUCUGAAAAUAAGCUUUCUUCAGUCUGUGCGUGAAACAGUUUGAAAAUGUUUUGUUUUCUUGUUUAUUCAUGCUUGGGUGGGUGCAUGGGAGAGGGUGUUACAAGGUUGUGAGGGAGGAACUUACUGUCAGAAAGUUAUGCUGAGAGGAAGAUUCUGUGCUUAGUUGUUAAUCAAGAUGAGAUCAUGAUCAUUUAAUCUCUUCCUGAAGUUAACUUGCAAGGUCAUCUGUGGAUUGGUCAAGAGUCCACUGAGCUUAAAUGCCAACUUGUAGCUGGUCAAAGACGGAAGGCGGCAAAAUUAGCGUCAACCUAAGCUGUGAGAUGCUGAAAAGCGUUUGGUGUUGAGAUUUUAAAAUGACAAUUCUUGCAGAAAAAAGUACACGAUGAAUGAAAUGACUGAAUAAGUCCAUGCUUUAUAAUACCCUGAAACCUAGAUUAGUUGAUCCUCCGGUUUUAACUCUUUCCAAACCCACACUGGGUUUAGGGGGAGUUUUUCACUGGUAACAGCUGGGUUUAGUAGUUCUAGUUGCAAACCCAACAGUCAAGCAGAGCUGUAUGAGCGUGUGUACCUUCUUGAAUUCAGUGGGACUUCUGUAUACAGUUAUUCUCAUGUGUUUAUGUUUGGAAAAUUAAAAUAUGAGUUAAAUCCGUGGGUAGACAAGUAUCAAUGUUCAGUGAAAGCCAACAUAGAGAUAUUAGGCUGCUCUUCAGUGCCACCAUUGAGCUACCCACUUACCAUGCAGGCACAUGAAAUUUUUUAGAGACUAGUUUUCCCUGAAAGGAUUAUUUCCUUGGGGGAGGCUGCUGAAUGAAACCCUGCGUAUGCUCCAAGGUUGUUGGUUUUUCUUUUGUGCAGCACACAAGAUGGAAGUUGCAAGAGGCUCCAGACAGUGGAAAGAGGAAGAUGGAGCCCCUUAGCACUUAGCACAGUCAGUAGACUAAAGAUUUUGUUCCCAUUUCUCAAUGAUGUUUAAAAAUUAUGUCCUGGAAAGAAGCACCUACUUCAACAUGCAUCUUUCCAUAAGCAGUCUUUCUUGAUGUUACCUAACUGAGUUGGCCCAAGCCUUUCUUAUGAAAAGCAAGACUCAGUUUUCAAUUGCCUGUAACUUGAAUUCUCAGCUGAAUUGAAUAUUCAGUCUUUUUUAAUGCAGUUUACCCAAGCUGGGAGACCUUCUCCAGCUUCCAAAUCUACAUGCUUGGAGAAGGCAGUCGAAAGCCAAUGGUCCUACUAUAGUCUCCUUAUCUUUUUGCAUUGAAUCUUAUAACCCUUUUGUUAAAGACCUGCUUUGUAUAAGUAAUCAAAAACCAUUGCAACGCACAGACUCCUGCUUUGACUCCUCCAUGCAAGAGGAAGAUCUCAUAUCCCUUUUAUUUUCUCUUUUCUUGUCCAUAACUGAAUGACUUGCAGGGCACCAAAGAAGAUGCACAGAUGCAAACCGUACCUAAAAGCUCAUCUGUGAAGCUAAUUUAAAAAAACUCAUAAUCUCAUCACUGGUGGCCACAAUAAAGGAAAGGACACAUUCUGCAACGCCUGUUGGGAAAAAGAAAAAGAAAAAAAAAAAAGGGUGAAAAAUGAGUCAUUGCUGCUCAUUUGCAAGAGUGGUGCUGCUCAGAGCUCAGUUCCCAGAAGUUCCCUAAAGAGUAAAGGAAAAUAUAGGCGAUUCUAUAUAGCUUGUGUGAUUCAGUUAAUAGCAGACGAGCUUUGCCAUGCAAAAGGCUUGUAUGAGUUCAUUGUUAUCUCAAUGAAAAUUAAAUUUUCCAUAAAAAUAUAGGCAAUUAGUAAGCUUAUGAGGAAUACCUAGCUGGUUUCUGUUGGUAAGAAUGGGAACACACACAUUUAGGAUGCACUGGAUGUUACACUAGUUGCUGCCUUGGCAGUUUGUUUUUUUUUUGUCAACAUGCAAAGUUACAAAUAUAACUUAUUUGUGUAAAGCAUUUCUCUGGCUUAUAAGCGUUAGACAUAUUGCUUAUACAAAUAGGUUUUCUAAUUAUACACUUUAAGGAUGGACUGUGAUAACACAAGGGAACAUAUUUCAGCAGAAAAAAGAAAUCUGUAAGCGUAAUGUGAGAAUGUGACUACUUAAAAAUUGAAAUCUGUGGUGCAGCAGUUGUGGUUAAGAGGGGUAACAGCGUGUUGGUGUUGUUCAUUGUGUGCUUUAAAUAAAUCUGUCGACGCACGGCGCCAACAAAUGAUCCUUCCUGUAGGAUGGGUUGGAAAGCGCGAGACUCUCUUUCUGACGAGCGCCUGGUCGCGGUUGAAAUCCUCUUUGUUUGCUGAGCCCCGUGCUGAGCCCGGCUUUCAUAUCAGCCCACAGGAAUAUUUGUGACCCCCGGGCUGUGGAACCACCUCCACAACGUGCUGCACAGCGCGACGCCGGAGCCACUUCUAUAUCUUUCAUUUUAGUACAAAGGACAACAACUUGCUUUUUUGACAAUGAAUGUCGCAAUCGUUUGUUGUGAUGGAAAUGCCUAACAAGGAAUGACGAUCAAUCGGAUGCCUGAUUAGCAAUUGAACGUGUUUUCAUUUGGAUUGUAUGAGCAACAAUAUCGGAAAUAAAAACAUCUAAAUUUCAAGGAAAAA